UUUUUAUACAAUAAGUAAUGCGUAUAAAAGAUUCCGAUGUUUUGAUGUUCAAGCACAUUGGGACAGUAGUUCUAUUAGUGAAGUCAAGAUGAAAUUCUUCAUUGUUGCAUCCUGCUUGGUGGCGUGCGCGUUCGCCGCGUCGGUGGAAGACCAGAACGCUGAGACCCUUCGCAGCAGCUCCGACAGCAGCCCCGAUGGCUCCUUCUCCUACACAUUCGAGACCAGCAACGGCAUUUCGGGCCAGGCUGAGGGCCACGUCAAGCCUUCGGUAGGCAAGGAUGAGCCAGCUAUCGAGGUGAGCGGAUCGAGCCAGUACAUCUCUCCCGAGGGAGAGAAGAUCUCUCUGACCUACGUCGCCAACGAAAACGGCUACCAACCUCAGGGUGACCAUCUGCCCACUCCCCCACCAGCUGAACCCAUUCCCGAAUACAUCCAGAAAGCCCUGAAAUACAUCGAAGAGCACCCUUACGUCGAGAAGAAUCAAUAAAUGCCAUGGACCCAUAAAAUAGCACUGCCUUAACUAAGAUGUACAUAUUGUAAACCAAUGGACACCGAAACUGUAUUUUGUUGUAGAUUUAAGUUGUUUUUAUGCAAUUAAAUAGACCGAACUAAA